AUGGAUGACAUGAGUCUUGAGGAUGUUGCACGACAAUUGUCCGAUAUCGAGGUGGCUGUCCUUCUAUGUCUCGCCGCCCAUGAACAUUGUUUGAUUGAGACCACGGGCGACUCGAUUGAUGACCUUGGCAGAGAACUAGCACUUAUCUGCUCCAACACAUUUGAUUUGUCAUUUUCUAUUCUCGAAUGUGGGCCCGAGACUUCCAUCGAAGAAAUUCACAAUGAUAUCCUUACUACGGAUGCCCGCAAGACCCUGGCCCGCCCGUCAUAUUCUCGGGCAAAAACCGGAUUUUCCAGCAAUCUUUCCUAUGUUGGCGGACAUCGGGACCGCAGCAAGUCCCCGAUCCCGAGUAUGAUAGCUGAUGAGCCAAAUGUGGUGAACAUUAUCAUCGCCAAAAACUUCAAUUUGACUAGCGAAGAUUUUCAGGUUCAAUCGUUACAGUUAAUGCGGACCCGGCAGUUGGUGACAAAAAUCGGAAUCCUCAAUGCGCCUACAGAUUUCUUGUUUGUACCCCUCGUGGCGCGGGACUCUGCUGAACUACAUCCACCGCUAAAGACCCAUCUGCGUGAUCAGUUGUUCAUCUCACAUUACCACGAGCCUGAAGAUGGGUUUAUUUACCUUGAGGAGAAUGAUUGGCUUUCUGACGGCAACUGUCUGCGUCCUCUGUGA